CCUGCAGGGGUUCCAGGACCCUCUGCAGCCCCCGAAUCCCGCGUGAUUGCGGUAUCCCAUUUGGUGGCGUUCACCGCAGGUGACUCUGAUUCCUACAAGGCUUGGGCAGCUCCACAGACACCCGCAGCGGCAAUGGCCGCAGGAGCACCACAGGUUUCCUCAGGAUGUGGCCAUCGGAGUCUGAGGAUAGUUGGUGGAAGGCCGGCUUCAGAGAAGAACUGGCCCUGGCAGGUGAGCCUGCAGAUCCAUGACGAGCACGUGUGUGGAGGCUCCCUCAUUGGCAAUCGGUGGGUGCUGACGGCAGCCCACUGCAUAUAUGGCCAUUUGGACUACACGGUGAAGAUAGGAGACAUUAACGUGAAGCACACGUCCACCACGGCAGUCAAGGUCCCAGUUCAAGAUAUUGUUAUCCACCAAGAUUACAGUCCUUUCGGAACAAUCAAAAAUGAUAUUGCUUUGGCUCUGCUCGAGUUCCCUGUGAAGUACUCCUCACACAUCCAGCCUGUGUGCUUCCCUCAAAAGGCCUUCGAGGUGCAAGCUGGUACGGAGUGCUGGGUGACCGGAUGGGGGAAACUACAUGAAAAAGAUUCUAAAGAUGAUGUUCCAGAGCUGCUUCAGGAGGCUGAGCUAAGCAUUAUCCGCUAUCAGGAAUGUAAUGAGAUACUCAAGAAAAAGUUGGAAAGUAUAAGUAACGUUGUCAAGAAAGGGACUGUCUGUGGUUACAGUGCCCUAGGAAAGGAUUCCUGCCAGGGAGAUUCUGGGGGGCCCCUGGUCUGUGAAUACAAUGAGACGUGGGUCCAGGUGGGGAUUGUGAGCUGGGGCAUUGGCUGUGGUCACAGACAUCUUCCUGGUGUUUAUACAGAAGUUAGUGUCUACAAGGACUGGAUCACUGAUCGCAUGAGUCUGGCUUCUUCUCAGGACUCAGCAGCCUUCCUCCUCCUACCCCUGUGUCUGGUGCUGCCCCUGGGCAUCCUGGCAACUCCGUGAUCACCGCGGCCCACUCCCCUCCUGUUCUGAGUCCCGCACUAGGCCUCUCCUCCCACCGCCCACUCCUCCGUGCCCUUCCUCACAUUCCGAUUGGGACCCACCGACCCUGUGGAGAUCCACACAAUAGAGAGCAGAAGCAAGACUGGAGCCCCCAAAGUGCCCCAGCCUGGUGCUCCAGUCACCUGCCUUGGCCACACUCACACCUUGGCUGUGCUCUACCUGCCCGGAUGGAGAGGUGAAACCAUUCCAGCUAGAGGGCCAGC